GCUUCCGCCCAGCUGCGAAGACACUUCCGCCCGGCUGCUCAGAGUUGGGAGAGUGUGUUGGGAUUUACGACUAUACCUGUCCGGGCAGCCAGCAUGGAAUCCUCUACAGGCGGCGAUGGCACAGACGCGCCGACUGCCGAUCCGGAGUUGGCUUCCACCAUGGGUUUCACCGGAUUUGGAAAGAAAGCAAGGACAUUUGACUUGGAAGCCAUGUUUGAGCAAACACGAAGAACAGCUGUGGAAAGAAGUAGAAAAGUUUUGGAAGCCAGAGAGAAAGAGGAAGAACUGCAAAAAGAGAGAGAAUUAAGAAGGCAACAUGAAGAUAAUGAGUCAAUACCUUCAGGCUCAAGUUUAACCAAACAUCCUUCUAUCUCAGCUUCCAGUGACACAGAAAGCAGUGGAAGUGAAGAUAGUUCAGAUGAAGAAUUAAUUGGGCCUCCUUUGCCACCCCAAACCACUCACAUACAAUCUGAAGAUACAGAUGAACUCAUAGGUCCCCCACUCCCACCUGGAUACCAGAAUAGUGAUGAUGAUGAUGAUGACGACGAUGACGAUGAUGAAACACAAGAUGAAAUUAACCCUGUCAAAAAAAUUCCUGAUUCUCAUGAAAUCACUCUGCAACAUGGCAGUAAAACAGUUUCUGCUUUAGGUCUGGACCCUUCUGGUGCCCGUUUGGUAACAGGAGGAUUUGAUUAUGAUGUUAAAUUUUGGGAUUUUGCAGGGAUGGAUGCUUCUCUUCAAGCUUUCCGAUCUCUUCAACCUUGUGAUUGCCACCAAAUUAAAUCACUACAAUACAGCAGCACAGGAGAUGUGAUUCUUGUGGUGUCCGGAAACUCUCAGGCCAAAGUGCUUGACAGAGAUGGCUUCCUAGUAAUGGAGUGUGUCAAAGGAGACCAGUAUAUUGUGGACAUGGCCAACACCAAGGGUCACACAGCAAUGCUUAAUGCUGGCUGCUGGCAUCCCAAAAUAAAGGAAGAAUUUUUGACUUGUUCAAAUGAUGGGACUGUGAGAACCUGGGAUGUGGACAAUGAUAAGAAACACAAAAGUGUGUUUAAACCAAGAACACUUCAGGGGAAAAAAGUGAUUCCAACCACUUGUACAUAUAGUAGAGAUGGGAAGCUCAUUGCAGCUGGCUGCCAGGAUGGAAGCAUCCAGAUCUGGGACAGAAAUAUGAGUGUUCAUACCAAAUUCCACUGCAGACAAGCUCAUGAUCCUGGCACAGAUACUUCCUGUGUGACAUUUUCCUAUGAUGGCACUGUCCUUGCCUCUCGGGGAGGGGAUGAUACUUUAAAGCUGUGGGACAUCCGACAAUUUAAGAAACCACUUUUUUCUGCUUCAAAUCUUCCUACCUUCUUCUCAAUGACCGAUUGCUGCUUCAGUCCAGAUGAUAAGCUUUUGGUCACUGGAACAUCUAUUAAGAAGGGAGGUGGCAAUGGCAGGCUUGUCUUUUUUGAGCGUCAGACAUUCCAUAAAGUAUAUGAAAUAGAUGUCACCAAUGCAAGUGUGGUACGCUGUCUGUGGCAUCCCAAGUUAAAUCAGAUCAUGGUUGGAACCGGAAAUGGAUUGGCUAAAGUAUAUUAUGAUCCCAACAAGAGUCAGAGGGGAGCAAAAUUAUGUGUAGUUAAAAACAAACGGAAGACUAGACAAGCUGAGACUUUAACCCAGGACUACAUCAUAACUCCUCAUGCACUCCCUAUGUUCCGUGAACCACGCCAACGAAGUACAAGGAAACAGUUGGAAAAAGAUAGAUUAGAUCCUCUUAAGUCUCAUAAACCUGAACCUCCCGUAGCAGGCCCAGGUCGUGGUGGCAGAGUUGGAACCCAUGGAGGUACCUUGUCAUCAUACAUAGUGAAAAACAUUGCUCUGGAUAAGACUGAUGAUAGCAACCCCCGGGAAGCCAUUUUACGGCAUGCAAAGGAAGCUGAGGAUAACCCAUACUGGGUUGCUCCAGCAUAUUCCAAGACUCAGCCUAAAACUGUUUUUGCAGAAGUGGAAUCUGAAGAUGAAGAAACAAAGAAUGAACCAGAGUGGAAAAAACGUAAAAUUUAAAGAAUUCAUUUUGAGGUCAGAAAAGAGUGGAGAGAGUCAUAGUCAGUUUUUUUCUUUUUCUUUUUUUUUUUUCUUUUUUUUGCAAAUAAAUGAGUAUAUUGAUUCCUAAUAUCAGUAAUGACUGUUUUAAAGUUGUGUUAAAUAUGUGCUCAAAUUUUUUUUGCAUUUAUUAAACCAAUUUAUUUUCAUUAUUCACUAAAGAAGCAGAUUCUUUUUUUCCCCCUGAGACAAUCGGAGUUAAGUGACUUGACCAGGGUCACACAGCCAGGAUGUCUUGAGUGUCUGAAACCAGGUUUGAACUCAGAUCCUCCUGACUUAAGAGCUGGUGCUCUAUCCACUAUACCAACUAGCUGCCCCAAAGAAGCAGAUUCUUAAUCUGUGCCUGGUAUUUCAUAUUAUGUGGGAGUUAUAGUCAAUCAACAUAAAUGUUUCUAUAUCUUCAGAGAACAUUUUUAUAUAUUUUGUAGUUGCAUCUAUUUGGGACAAAUUGAAGCCAAGGAGAUAUAACAUGAAAAUUAACAUCAAAAGGUCCAUCUUGGGGCAGCUAGGUGGCACAAUGAAUAGAUUACUGACCCUUGAGUCAAUAAGACCUGUGUUCAAAUUCAGCCUCUGAAAUUUACUAGCUAGGAAUCCUGGGCAAGUCACUUAACCUCAAUUGUCUCCCCAUCCCCCCAAAAAAGUCCAUAUUUUUCUACAAUUUCUCAUAUGAUAUUUGUAUAACUGCAUAAACAAGUCCUUUGAAAUUGUCUUAGAUCACUGUAUUGCUAAGAAGAGCUAAGUCUGUCAUACGUGCUUACAACACAAUGUUGCUGUUAUUGCAUACAGUAUUCUCUUGGUUUUGUUCACUUCACUAAGUAUCAGUUCAUGUAGAUCUUUCCAGGUUUUUCUGAAAUCUGAGUACUCAUCAUUUCUUAUAGCACAAUAGUAUUCCAUUACAUUCAUAUACCACAACUUAUUCAGCCAUUUCCCAAUUGAUGGACAUCCCCUCGAUGUCCAAUUCUUUGCCACCACAAAAAGAACUGUGCAGAUAUCAUGUGGGUCCUUUUCCCUUUUUUAUGAUCUCUUUAGAAUACAGACUUGGUAGUGGUGUUGCUAUAUCAAAGGGUAUGCAUAGUUUUAUAGCUCUUUAGGCAUAGUUCCAACUACUUCUCCAGAAUGGUUAGAUCAGGUCGCAACUCUACCAACAGUGAUUUAUGCAAUUCAUAUAACUGGGAAUAAACUUCCCAAAAGUUUAUCAAAGGGGUCCUAUCCAACAUACUGAGGGCCUUCCUUCAGUUCUCUUGACAUUAGGAGAACAUGCUGGUUGUGUGUCAAUUUGAAUUCUGGAUGAAUUCUCCACCAUGGAUCUAGUCCAUUUCCAUCUCCCUCUUUUUUUUUUUUUUUAAUCUUUCCUGGGUAUUAUCACUUAGUUCUUCAUAAUUCAUCUUCAGUGUUCUUUUGAUAAAUUUCAAUUUCAUGAAAAUUAAAUAUUAAAAAUAUAACCUUGGCAUCAUCAAUGUGAUCUCCCUAAAAAUCUUGCCUCCUAUUCCAUUGAAAAAACUGAGAGCAUUUGAAGAGAGUUUCCUCUUCUCCCCUAUUCUUCAUUUCCCAUGAUUCAAAUGCAUUCUGUAUUUUUUUUCCUUCUUUUCAUUCACCCCAUAUCCCAUAAUGAAAUAGCCUUUUUAAUGCAAAACAAACCUAUCAACAUGUGUAAGUGAUCCCAUUCCUCUCCUGUUUUCUCUAGUAGAUUGCCCCGUAUAGCGUACCUAUUCUCUCACUAAUCUUUAAUCUCUGUCUACUGGCUGCCUCCCAACUGCUUACAAACAUGCCCAUAUCUUUUUCAUCUUCGAAAAAACAAAAACCCUUCACUUUGUCCAUCCAUUCCUUCUAACUUAUCAUCCUAUCUUUCUCUUUACUCUCAUGGCUAAACUGGCAAAAGUCAGUUAAAAUGGGUCCAUCCUGUUUUAAGUGUUCUCACUUCCUUAACUCUUGGCAAUGGCCUCAUAUUUCCACAGAAAGUACCCUCCAGAUCUCUUCAGUGGUCAUCUUUCUUGACUUCUUUGCAGACUUUAACAGCGUUGAUCAUCCUCAUUUCCUUGUUACUCUUCUCUGUAGUUUUCCUAGAUACUUUGGAGAGAGUGGGAUGAGUGGAACUUAAUUAGAUUCAGCUAAAUAGCCUAAGUGGAAAGAUGUAACUUACCUUUUAGAAAAAUUUAGCUGCCCCCCCCCCCAAAAGGCACAUACAAACUACCCCUGCCUUAUUUUGUAUUUGUCUACUUUGGACACAAACAGAACUCUGAUGGACACAAAUGGUUUCCUACUACCCUUAUCCAUUCACUGGAUAAAUUUCUUAAUAAUGUUCCAUUUUGCUGGAAUUGGACAAUGAUUCAGAGAAUCAAAAAAAAAAAAAGGAAA